AUGAUUGCGAGCUGGAAAACAGUCAAUAAUGAGAUUGAUAUUCAAUUUACGAAUAAACAAUUGCAAAAUAAUCAAUGGACAGCUAUUGUUUUUGGAGAUUCUACGGUAAUUUUUAAUUUUUACUGAAAAAUUUUUAAUUUAAAUUCAUUCUUAACCUAUGAAAUAUAUGUAAUUUCAGAGCCAGUUAAGCAUGGUUGUUUUCGAAAACAUCAAUAAUUCUGUAAAUGUUCAAACUGGAACCACAAAUGGGAUGGGAAAUAAGACAAUUGAUUCGACGAAUCAAGCAACAGUACAAUUUGCAAAUAUAUCUGGAAAUGUGAUGAAUUCGGUUGUCACAUUGCCCUCUUCUUUUAAUGGAGUUGAUUUGACACAAUGCCAUAGUUGGAGAUUUGUUCAAGCUGGAUCAAUUUUGAAUGGUCAAAUGGGAAAACGGUUGACGAAUCCGUUGACUGUUUCAAAUGUUUGUCCAAGUAAAUGUACAUAA